UAAAUAAGACGACUAGGAAACCCACCACACUACCUCCCUUCAGCCUUUUCUUACAACAAAUACUGGCGUUUCCACUCUGACAGACCUCAACCUUUGGAGUCCAAGAAGCGUAGCGAUACUUCAAACAUCUUUUUUUUCACUUCAAGAAUGGCCGGUGAUCAAGUAACCCUGUUGGAUUUUUGGUCAAGUCCAUUUGGUAUGAGAGUGAGAAUAGCAUUGGCUGAAAAGGCUGUAGAGUAUGAGUACAGUGAACAGGAUUUGUGGAACAAAGGUGCUUUAUUUCUUCAAAUGAAUCCUGUUCAUAAGAAAAUCCCAGUUCUUGUCCAUGAUGGGAAACCACUUUGUGAGUCACUUAUCAUUGUUCAGUAUAUUGAUGAGGUGUGGAAGGAUAAGGCUCCUUUGUUGUCUUCUGAUCCCUGCGAGAGAGCUCAAUCUAGGUUCUGGGCAGAUUUUGUUGAUAAGAAGUUAUAUGAGCUUGGGAAGAAGAUAUGUACAACAAAAGGAGAAGAUCAGGAGGCAGCCAAGAAGGAUUUCAUUGACAGCCUCAAGCUUUUGGAAGGAGAGCUUGGAGACAAGCCUUACUUUGGGGGCGAGACCCUCGGCUACGUUGAUGUAGCACUACUUCCUUUCUAUUGCUGGUUUUAUGCCUAUGAAACCAUCGGCAACUUCAAUAUAGAGGCUGAUUGUCCAAAGCUGAUUGCUUACUGUAAGAGGUGCUUGGAGAAAGAGAGCGUAUCCAAGUCCCUUAAAGAUCCACAGAAAGUGUAUGAUUUCGUUGUGAUGCUGAGGAAGAAGUUUGGGCUUGACUAGUGUUCAUCCAUAGGAUGUUGUGCGUGCUUUAUGUUUCAAAUAAGGCGGGCACUUAGUUGUGCCUGUAAUAUGUUUAUAUUCUGAGGUAAUUUAUUGUGCCUGACAUGGGAUGUGGUAUUUCUCUUUGUAAUGUUUUCCUUCAAGUAUAAAUAGGCUGGCACCUCUUUGUUCAACACGUCUAUGCCAUCCAGUCAAU